UCCGAGGCGGGAGGCGCACACGGGCUCCGGGAGCCCCUCCCGAGUCCCGAGUCCCCGAGUCCCCGAGUCCCCGCGCCCCGCGGGAGGGCUGAGCCGAGCCGGGCGAGCAGGUGCAGAGCGAGCAGAGGGGACCACGGCCAGGGGUGGAAGCAAGUCCCGCGCGCAGAGAGGCGCCGCCGCUCCAGCUGUCGCCGCCGCCGCCUCCGACCAGCGUCCAGAGCCGGGCUGGCAGGCAGGGCGCGGAGCGGCGAGGGCAGCGAGGGGCGCGCUCAUGGAGCACACGCACGCCCACCUCGUCACCAACAGCUCGCUGUCCUGGUCCCCCUGCGGCUUGGGCUUCGUGCCGGUGGUCUACUACAGCCUCUUGCUGUGCCUCGGUUUACCAGCAAAUAUCUUGACAGUGAUCAUCCUCUCUCAGCUGGUGGCCAGAAGGCAGAAGUCCUCCUACAACUAUCUCUUGGCACUCGCAGCUGCCGAUAUCUUGGUCCUCUUCUUCAUCGUGUUUGUGGACUUCCUGCUGGAAGACUUCAUCCUGAACACGCAGAUGCCCCCGGUGCCCGACAAGAUCAUAGAGGUGCUGGAAUUCUCAUCCAUCCACACCUCCAUUUGGAUCACGGUCCCCUUGACCAUUGACAGGUACAUCGCCGUCUGCCACCCGCUCAAGUACCACAUGGUGUCCUACCCAGCCCGCACCAGGAAAGUCAUCGUAGGCGUGUACGUCACCUGCUUCCUGACCAGCAUCCCCUACUACUGGUGGCCCAACAUCUGGACCGAAGACUACGUCAGCACGUCCGUGCACCACGUCCUCAUCUGGGUCCACUGCUUCACUGUGUACCUGGUGCCCUGCUCCAUCUUCUUCAUCUUGAACUCGAUCAUCGUGUACAAGCUCAGGAGGAAGAGCAACUUCCGCCUCCGUGGCUACUCCACGGGGAAGACCACGGCCAUCCUGUUCGCCAUCACCUCCAUCUUUGCCACGCUCUGGGCACCCCGCAUCGUCAUGAUCCUCUACCACCUCUACGGGGCGCCCGUCCAGAACCGCUGGCUGGCGCACAUCCUGUCGGACGUCGCCAACAUGCUGGCCCUUCUGAACACGGCCAUCAACUUCUUCCUCUACUGCUUCAUCAGCAAGCGGUUCCGCACCAUGGCGGCCGCCACGCUCAAGGCCUUCUUCAAGUGCCAGAAGCAGCCCGCGCAGUUCUACACCAACCACAACUUUUCCAUAACCAGCAGCCCCUGGAUCUCGCCGGCGAACUCGCACUGUAUCAAGAUGCUGGUGUACCAGUACGACAAAAAUGGAAAGCCUAUAAAAGUAUCCCCGUGACCCCGCAGGUGGGGCACCUAGUGCUGCUGUCAAAUCCGUUUCCAGGUGGGAGGGCGUCCCGCCUCCCAGGGCUGAACAGCUGUCCUCAGGAGCGAGACCCUGACUUGCUGUCUCCACGGACUGGCAACUCUCAGGCUGGUAGAUGGGGAAGGAAGGAGGAGAAGAAAGGAACGCAUGAAUCUUGUUUUCACCUGUGCAUUGUUGUUGUUUUUGUUUUUUUUUUUAACCAAGUCAUAUUGACAACAAAAGUUCCUACCAGUUUGAAGAUGCCGUUGGAGGUCGUAGCAUCAUCCUGUGACCAGUAAGGACACACAGUAGAGAAAUAGUCUGUGACUUCGCCCUGGCACCAUCCACAGCCACCGGGAACUCUUCAUUUGUGUGACACACCAAGCCACUGUAGCACGUAGCUGGACCCUCGCUCUUCUUCCACGAGCUAAGGUCGCUCGCCGCUUCCUUGUGCUGUUCCCAGCAGCUAACGAUGCUGACUGAUUCGGGGCUUCUCCAAGGCGCCCUUUGUCCUAGAGAAGGUUGUGGUCUCCAAGUGGCCCUGGCACCUCUAGCUGUAGAAUGGCACUGUGGGAAGAGAGGAGUAUUGAAUCCCGUCCGAACUCUGGCCAGAGCUGCUUCAGGAUGGCUCCAAACCAACACACCUGUGACCUCAGACCUGGAGUCUAAGAUGCAGUUUUCUAUUUACCAUUGUGUAUAGAUUCUAACUGUUUCCUCCCAAACGCAGACCCUGCCUGGUCCGUGGGGGCAAAGGAAGAA